AUGGCUAAUCAGCCUCCACAGGCGACUCCUGGUUCGGGUUCGGGUCCAGGUCUAGGUGGGUUUCAGUAUAUGAACUCUCCGUUUGGGGAUACCACGUUCACUAAAGUCUUCGUUGGAGGGCUGGCCUGGGAAACUCAGAGUGAAACCAUGAGGCGAUAUUUUGAGCAGUUCGGUGAAAUUCUCGAGGCUGUUGUCAUCACCGAUAAGAACACCGGCCGAUCCAAAGGAUACGGUUUUGUGACUUUCCGGCAUCCAGAGUCAGCUAGGAGGGCUUGUGCUGAUCCGAGUCCAAUUAUUGAUGGGAGAAGAGCGAAUUGUAAUUUAGCUUCACUUGGACGCCCUCGUCCCGCCUUACACUUUGGACGUCUUAGAUCUCCGGCACCGUACCUUGGAGGGCUACCAGCUGCCAGGGGUCCUUAUGUAGGAAGUUUUGGCUAUCAGCAAACACCCACCUACGGUUACCAGCAAGGAUUGAUGUAUUCUCCAUAUGGGUAUGCUGCAUACAGUCCAGAAUAUGCUUAUCUCCAGGGUGUAUACAAUCCUUAUGCGGGUCAGCAAUACCUUCCAAUUUAUGGUGUUCCUGGAGCAGGAUAUGCAAUGUCUGGUCAUCCGAUAGUUCAGUUUGGUGGGCCAAGUGUCACUGCAAUGGCAACUACAUCUGUUCCAGCACCGUUCCCUACUGGUGCUGCAGCACCUAUUACACCACAGCCACAAUUCAUACUAUCUUCUCAUUCUCCUCAAUUCAUGCAAGGUAGCAGUUCUGAUCAAAACGCUGGCCUUGCAAAUUAUCCAUUUUGCAUUCUAGAGGUCUUACAUUUUCGCGCUCACCGUAGAACUCAAUGUCCGAGUUGCUCCUGA